UGACAUUCAUUUGUUUCAGGUUAGCCGACCAAUCAGCAUACGAAUACUGUUUUGGGCGGCAAUUAGUCUGUAGUUUCCUCUCUUUGGGGUAACAAGUCGUUUUUGUUCCGGAGUGUCUCACGUUUCUGAGUGUGCUACUAGGCUUGCUUAUGGCUUUCAGUAACUGAUACACUGAUUCAAAGUAAUAUGGAGAAAAAAUUCUUUGGGUUCCCCCAACCCAAGUUUAUGACAAAAAAACCUCCCCAAGAAAAGAUCAGUGGGCCUGAUUUACCAUUCAUUGCUCACGUGGUUAGUUCAUCACCACACAAGCCUCCUCACUCGGAAACUCUGAAACCUGGUACUGAAUUAGAAGAGCUGACCCCUCAAGAAUCUAUAUUCAGCUCCCAUGUCCCCAGUAUCUUUCAGCGCCCGUUCAAUUCACCCACCGUAUCUGGUGCAAAUCAAUCUUUUUCGCCUUCAAGCCUUGCCGCCGAAUUUCCUUUUACCCCUAGAAGGAAGCUAACAAAGACAUUUGUUGCCAAACCUAUAUUUCCUGUUUCGCCUGUAGUGGCUUCAUCGCCAUGUGCACCAUCACAACCUGCAACUUUGGUAUCCAGCAAUGAAGUAGAAAAACCUGUUAUCCAUAGGCAACAAUUGAACGCCUCGUUUCCCAGUUUUUUCCAUCGUCCGUCUUCAGAGUCUGUUUUCACACCCAAGCGAAACCAAAUCAAAGUUGAGAUAAACCUUGAAGAUUCUUCCCCAAUAUCAUCUCCCACUAAUCAUGCGGAGGGUAAUACUAGGCGUUUCAGCACAAAAUCACUUUUUCGUGGAAGCCGCUUUUCACGCGUGAACUCUGAGCAAUUAUCUGCUGAAACUGGCGAACAACGAGCUGAAAAUGAAAAUACUGCAGCAAAAGAGGUUGAGGUUUCUGAGCAUCCAGGCUUCUACCAGUUUCCGUUCAGUAAAACAAUGAAUGGGGAAAAAUCAUAUUUUGAGGAAGAAGAAAGGAAAACUGAGUCGAACUGGGUAGAUGCAACUAAAUCUGAUGAACGCAAAACUUCAUUCGAAAGUAAAUUACAAUCAUUUACUAGCCAAUUGUUAGCAGCUGCUGAUGAGGCUCAGUCAAAUGUCAAAGCCGAAAAUGCAUUUUUAAAAAAGGAAUUGAGCAGAUCACAACAGCACAUCGUUAAUUUAGAAGCGCAGUUUGAUCAGUUGGAAAGAAACCAGUCAGAGACUAUAAAGAAAGCCAAUCACUUGUCGGUAGAGAAAGAGACUUUUAGUGGCCAUCUUAGGAAUUUGCAAGAACAAAUGUCUGCUGUAGAGGAAGAACUUGGGAAGAAGCAAAACCAAUACGAAGAGAUGGAUUUACAGUUAGCAGACAAGGAGCAACGCCUGAACAUGGCCCUAGAUAACAUUAAGUCACUCGAAGAGCUGACGCGUUCAUCGGAUGAACGCAUUCACGAGCUGCAAACCCAGUUGCAACAGGUUUUGACCGAUCGGGCAACUGCGGAUGAGAAAAUUCUAACACUGUCUGAACUAGUGGAUAGCCUCCGUGAGAGCCUUGUUUCUUUGGAAUCAGCGAUGUCCGAUGCCGAAAAACAAUUUCAUUCAACCCUGAGUGACUAUCAAGACCAACAGGAGAAACUUCAAAAAGAAUUAUCCUUUUAUCAAGAAACUGAAUCUGCCUUAAACGACGCCCGUAAAGAAUAUGACACCGUAAAAUGCAAACUUGGAAACUAUAUCGAAGAAUUGUCGAAGGCGAAAGAAGAUUCACAAACGAUCUUGGAAGAGAAUCUUAAACUUAAAGAACGCCUUGGCUGCCUCAAUGAAGAAUACGCGACUUGUGAGCAAUCUUCACGCGUAGCACAAGAAAACGUCUCUACGUUGGAGAGAACAGUCGAUAGUCAACACGCUGAGAUUCAACAGCUAAAUCAGCGUUUGGAAACCUCUUCUGCUGAGCUCACUAACAGCAGGGAGGAAGUGACAAACCUUUCGAAAGAAAUCGAAUCGUUGCGUUGUCAAACGAACUCAUGGAAAAAUCGUUUGAGUGCUUCCGAAGAAAAAUUUCAGCUGGAGUUAACCAAAACGCAACAAGAGCUCAGUUGCGAAAGAGUAGCACACAGUGAAACUAAGGUAUCAGCCAUGGCAGUUUUCAGCGAAAUCAGGAAUAUCCUGGAAAUUCAAGUCAAGGAGUUGCGAGACCAUGCAAUUGUGGCUGAAUGCGAAAACGAUACGAUGGAGAAAGAACGUGAUGGCGAAAGGGAGGUAGUAUGGGAGGAAAAACUCUGCUGGGAACUGUGCAAAGAUCAACUGGAAGCAUGCCUUCAUGUACUUUCAGCCGAAUUGUACAAGGUUCGGAGUACUAUAAAGUCAUUAAAUAAUGAAAAUAAUUCACUCAAAUGUCAAGUGAAUGGAUUGCAAGAAAAUAUAAAUGUCUCUGACUGCCAAAUCAAAUCAUCUAAGCGAGAACUGCAAAACGAAAGAGCGUUACAUAGUGAAACGAAAUCCAACUGGAAACAUUGUAAGGAUCAACUGGAGAAUGAGAAAAAAGAACAUUCGAUUAAUUUGUUGAAAAUUCAGAAUACUUUACUGGUAUUGAGCGGUCAAAAAGCUUCCCUCGAAGCUCAAGUAAGUAACCUAGAAGAAAAUGUAAUUGCGGCAGAACGUCAAAAUGAUACAAUCAAACAAGAAUUGAGUAGUGAAAGGAGUGCUCAUCGUGAAACAAAAUCUAACUGGGAACUUUGCAAGGAGCAAUUAGAAAAUGAUCAGCGUCAACAUUCCGUUGAUCUUUCAAGGGUAAGUUUUUUUUAUUUUAUUAUUUUAAUUUUGUAGACGCCCAAAUAACUGGAUUUGCAAAGCAAUUUGGUUACAAAAGGCCGAAAUCAUGAAUCGAUUCGCGACAAGAACCUUUCACUGGAGCGUCAGCUGGAAUUUGCUGCAAUUGAAAUAUCCACUGUAAGUGUAACUGCUACAAAAACUUUUGAUAUUUGUCAUAAUAACCCAACAUCUUGA